UGGCCCGGGUGCCGGAGGGGCUGUGGCACGCCGCGGCGGGGCAGUGCGGAGCGGCGGCGGCGGUGGGGGAUGCGGAGCGGCCGGGCCCCGGGCAGAUGAUGGCGAUACGCGAGCUGAAAGUGUGUCUGCUUGGAGAUACUGGGGUUGGGAAAUCAAGCAUUGUUUGUCGAUUUGUCCAGGACCACUUUGACCACAAUAUUAGCCCUACUAUUGGAGCAUCCUUCAUGACUAAAACAGUGCCUUGUGGGAAUGAGCUUCAUAAGUUUCUGAUCUGGGACACAGCUGGUCAGGAACGGUUUCAUUCCUUGGCUCCAAUGUACUACCGAGGUUCAGCAGCAGCCGUGAUAGUUUAUGAUAUCACCAAACAGGAUUCGUUUCACACUUUGAAGAAAUGGGUGAAAGAACUAAAAGAACAUGGUCCUGAAAACAUUGUAAUGGCCAUUGCUGGAAACAAAUGUGAUCUUUCUGAUAUCAGGGAGGUUCCUAUGAAGGAUGCCAAAGAAUACGCAGAAUCUAUAGGUGCAAUUGUUGUUGAAACCAGUGCAAAGAAUGCUGUUAACAUUGAAGAACUUUUUCAAGGAAUAAGUCGGCAGAUUCCACCCUUAGAUCCUCAUGAAAAUGGUAACAAUGGAGCCAUCAAACUUGGAAAGCAGACUUCACAGACGGGUAGGCGGUGCUGCUGACCCAACUUGAUCUCUUUAAAUUUACUUGAAAAACAGCACCAUUUGCUUUUCUCACUGAGGAGGGACUUUGUGAUCUGGGUGACGUGGCUCCUUAUCUUGAAAGCAGUAAUUUCAAUACUUCCCAUGAGCAGCAAUACAAGGACCAGAAGCAGAAAGCUUUACUUCAAAGGGAUUUUGCAAAACCUAGUUGGAAAAUCCUCUCUAAUAUCCUGUCAAAAUUACAAGCGUCAAAGUACUCCAAUUCUCUGUUCAAACCAGUGACUUUUUUUUUUAAUAAAAAGAUCCUUUUAUAUAUAAAAUUUAGAUUUGCUGCAAAAACUUACCUUCUUACAUUGCAAAGUGGACUUGGCAUGUUUUUAGAAUUUUCUUUGUAAUAAUAGGGUGAAAAAAACCCCAUAUAAGCCCUGAAUUUUGGCUUACAGUUGCUCUGCCAUCUUUCUAGCUGGACUUUGCUUCAGUAUUUUUUUAAAUCUGUAGCUUCAUCUUGUACUUUUGGUAAACAUCAGCAAGAAUUGACUGAAUUUGCUAAGUAGAGCAAAAAUGGAUCCAAAGGAUGAGCAAGUGCAGUUUUUACAGGCUAAACGUUAACCUGUGUCAGGAGGUGCUGUGUAUGUGGCAGAAGGAGUAGUCAUGAAAGAGACUGCUUGGACCCCAUGCAGUUCCAGUCUGCUCCAGAAGCACCCACUAUGCUUUGCCUGAAUUGAUUCCCUUUCUAGGGCAUGGACUUUCUUAAACACCAGCUUAAUCUCCACGGUGUACCAGAUUUUCUCCAGAGCUGUGCCCCAGACUGAAGUUGUCUCUGCUCAAAGACACCACAUCCUUGGUCUCUAAAAGAGGGUGCCACAGUGCCCCACUCCUUGCGGUCUCCCUGCUGUACUCCAAGCAGUCUUCACUUUGGAAGAGUGCUAUUUCUGUACAAAAACAGCUGAAGGGAGCACAGUAUAAUUUGGGGUCAAAGGCUGGAAUCUAAUAAAACAAACAAAAAUGUUUCUUUGCAAAUGUAAUUCUGUGAAUUUUUAGAGUAGGCUCUUCACUCGCAUGGGGAUGUGCUAUGGAAGAUCCGCUGUGUGAUACCUUUGGAGCUUGACACACUUGAAGAUGCAGUGUUGAAAAACAAAACCCAGUAGGUGGUUAUGAACCCGAAAUAAUGUAAAACUGUAUGUGUUCUCCACUUCCAUCUUUUAUGCACGUGUGUGACUGAGAUGAUAAAAUCCAAAUUUAUCUUCAAUUUCACUGGAAAUCAGAACUAGGGUAAGAAAUGCAGGCUACAAAAUCGAAGCCCAGCCUGCAUUCCACAACAUUCAUUUGUUCUCUUAGGAGGAAAAUUAACCUCCCUGCACUUCUGUUCGGGCACUUAAAAAAAGCAAACAAAAUGGAAGAACUACUUUCCACAAUAAAUCACGAACAGGCAGGCUAGAGCUGGCUUUCUGUGUUUAUACAUAAAACCAGAGCUUAUUGCUUGGUUGUGAGAUUGCUUUGAUAAAAUGGCACUAAUUAUUGGGGCUUGAAGGAGAGCCAGAUGAAAUCAAUGGGAACAUUUCUUUGUCUUUAGAAGGUUUGAAGUAGUUAUAGGUGGGAAAUGUCCAACUUGAUUUUAUCUAAGAAUCUAAACUGCAUUGUUUUCUUACAUAUAAUCCAUUUCUUCUAUGUCUUGGACUCCUGAAAGCACUUGUACUUGAAAAUAGGAUAACACAGACUCAGACAGCUACCAUGAGAAAGGGUAUUUGAAGUAAGCUUUCAGCUGUCUCCUGUGAUGAUAAAUGACCCAUGUCACUGCUUCAUUGCAGCAACUAUUUCACAGAUAAUCCGGGGUUAUGCAAGUGAAAAUUCAGCAAUCAUCACUGUUGGUAGCUGGGGAAGGAGACAGCUCCUUUAGGGAACAUUUUAUCCCAUCCUACUACAGGCAGGUCUCCCAGCGGUGCCUGGACUUUCACCUGGCUGUGGAGGGAGAGUUUAACCUGGCCUUCAGCCCUAAAGAAAUUUCAAGUUUAUCAACAUCACAGAAUCAUACAGUUUAUGAGAUCUGUGACCCAAUGCUGCAAGAGAUCUGGUUCUUCCUAAAUAAAACCCAGUAAAAGGCUAGUCCUGUUACUGAGAAAACAAAGUGAGAUCAGAUCCCAUUUUUAGAGGUGUUAUAAAUUUGAGUUCAGCCUAUAGCAGUUCUGCAUAACUCAUUUUUAAGCUUUCAUAAAUCUUUGUGGCUUAGUCUUUCUUUUUAAUGUGACAUCUCAAGACUCAUUAAACCCUGCUUGAGAUGUCUGAAAGCUUUGUAAAACAAUUCUGCGAGUACCUUGUGUAUUGUAACUUAUGCUGGGACUGGCAAUCAAUGCUGAUCUGUAUGGGAUAUUGUGCUGAACAACCAGCUCUCACAGCUGCUGUUGAGCUGUGUGUGAAUCCAAACAGGUUUAUGAGUCAUAUUUUAAGAUAAGUUAACAUUGAAGGUUCUUGCAAUGGAUCUCUGGCAGAUUUUAAAAUUCGAAUGCUGGCCAGGUAGACACAAAGAUAUUUCUGAUUUUGGUCAGCCAAAUCUAGAUGACCUUACUCUGCUUAUAGUCAAGGAAAAGAUUUAAAUGGGUAAGGGUUCUGAUUGUGUAAGUUCUUGAGAUUUGGAUUAUGGUGAGCUUCAGGAGAGAACUCGGAAGUCACAGGUGAAAAAAUAAUAGGCCACUGAGCUGUGCAGAACAGCUCACGUUUUCUUUGAAGACAGGGCUCAGCUUUGACAAUGAUGUUGCCUCUGCAGCUUUAACAUUCCUCUUCAAAUGGGGGGACAAUUUGUUUAAAAAAUCAUGAUUUACAAAAGUCAAAUUGAUGAUUUUUGCUUCCUUUUGUUGCCUGUGUUGUUUGGAAAGUACCAACACUCUUCAUCAACGGCCAGAAUGACAUACAAGAAAACCCCAGACUUGGGGUCAAAACUUUCAGCAGCAACUGGAAUUCCUUCUGGUAGUUAAUGUCUGGUGAAAAACUAUAUUACUGUACAGGAGCACUAAUAAUAAUAACACUGCAGUUCUAGGUUGGCCAGCUGGUGCUGGAUUUGUCCAAGAUUGGAUUUCUUUAGAGAACUGGCAGCAGGAUUGAGGCAUGGGCUGCACUACCAGGGGUGCUUGGUGGAGCCUGUUUGCACCAUGACUCAAGACUGUGACUUUCCAGUUGUGGGUGACUUGCUUUUCUGGCUUGUCAUGAACUAGUUUAAAAGCAAGAUUACAAAGGAACUAGUUUUCAUAUAUGCUCUGCAUAUACAUGUGUGUAUAUAAGUACAGUUUUAUAUUGUUAUGCUGACAUGUAGUGUUUUUUCACUAUGUCUGGUUGUCAUAUACUGUGCAUUGUAUUCUGUAAGUACAUUUUUUAUUAAUGGUCAUUUCACUUUUAUGAACUUAAAGUGACAGAUCACAGGUAGCAAGAAGAUGGAGAUGCACAUAGGUACAGUUGUUGACUUGCCAUUCUUAUGCAUGAAAAUGGCUUAUUACAGAAAAACUUUGUCUUGCAGACUGAGACAUCAAAAAAAUGCCAUUCUUUUUCAAGAAUUGGGACUCAGAAAUAAGAAAGUGACACCCCAUUAAGAAAAAUCAGAAGGGGAAAAACAAUUGAUUAUUUUUGUUCAUGGUACAGCAAGUCUCUCUAAAGUGCUAUAAUGUAACAUGGGGCUGUUUCUAUACCUAGAAAAGCUACCUGUCAUCCCUUGUCUUCACUAAUGCUUUGUGGCAUGUUGUAAUAAGUGUGUAGUAGAUACGCAAGCAUUCUGACUAUAAUCAGACUUUUUCAGUACAGUGAUGAUAUGUUUUACUAUGCUACCAUUAAUUUUUUAAACCAGAGUCAGUUUAAAAUCACCUGCUAAGUACUCCUCUGUUUUGUUUAUAUAAGGGCUUUGACUGGGCUGGACCCAAUCGCUUCAUGUAUGGGAUGCUGCAAUCUGUUAAUAUUUUACCUUCUGUUUUACAUAUUAAUUGUAUCAUACUUAAUAAUAUUUUUUCCCUAAAAUACAGGGGUUUUGUGUUUUAUUUAACCUCCAAUGAUUAAUGCUAAUAAAUGUUUUAAAUACCUCUGA